UGGAUACAAUUCCUCUAUAGCCUGGAUAUACCUGGGAAUGUCUAAAUAUGACUCUUCUAAAGCCUGGAUAUACCUGAGAAAGUCUGGAUAUAACUCCUCCAAAGCCUGGAUAUACCUGGGAAUGUCUGGAUACGACUCCUCCAAAGCCUGGAUAUACCUGGGAAAGUCAGGAUAUAACUCCUCCAAAGCCUGGAUAUACCUGGGAAAGUCUGGAUAUAACUCCUCCAAAGCCUGGAUAUACCUGGAAAAGUCUGGAUACAACUCCUCCAAAGCCUGGAUAUACCUGGGAAAGUCUGGAUACAAUUCCUCUAUAGCCUGGAUAUACCUGGGAACGUCUGGAUACAACUCCUCUAAAGCCUGGAUAAACGUGGAAUGUCUGGAUAUAACUCCUCCAAAGCCUGGAUAUACCUGGGAACGUCGGAAUAUAACUCCUCUAAAGCCUGGAUAUACUUGGGAAAGUCUGGAUAUAACUCCUCCAAAGCCUGGAUAUACCUGGGAAAGUCUGGAUAUAACUCCUUCAAAGCCUGGAUAUACCUGGGAAAGUCUGGAAACAACUCCUCCAAAGCCUGAAUAUACCUGGGAAAGUCUAGAAACAACUCCUCCAAAGCCUGGAUAUACCUAAGAAAGUCUGAAUUUAACUCCUCUAAAGCCUGGAUAUACCUGGGAAAGUCGGGAUACAACUCCUCCAAAGCCUGGAUAUUCCUGGGAAAGUCUGGAUACAAUUCCUCUAUAGCCUGGAUAUACGUGGAAUGUCUGGAUACAACUCCUCCAAAGCCUGGAUAUACCUGGGAAAGUCAGGAUAUAACUCCUCCAAAGCCUGGAUAUACCUGGAAAAGUCUGGAUAUAACUCCUCCAAAGCCUGGAUAUACCUGGAAAAGUCUGGAUACAACUCCUCCAAAGCCUGGAUACCUGGGAAAGUCUGG